UUCACCAUGUUGGCCAGGAUGGUCUCGAUCUCCUGACCUCAUGAUCUGCACACCUCAGCCUCCCAAAGUGCUGGAAUUACAGGCGUGAGCCACCGUGCCCGGCCCUCUAGCUGAUUCUUUUACUGGGCGCUUCGCUGAUCCUUUUUUACCCCAAUGUCUUCUCCCAUCCCAGGUCCCCUCCCGCAGCCCACAAGCCUGCACCUGAACUGAGCAGUUUCUAGACUGUGGUGUGCUCAGAGAGAAAGAGAGGGGUGUGGGCUGGAGUGAGUGAUGCUGGCCCUGGGUGAGGAUGGGAGACAGGUCCUGUAGUUGCUAAUGGCUCUUUCUCUGGGGCCCAGGGACCUGGCAGGCACCAACCUCUCUGUCCUGUGGGCCAGGGAGUUAAUGAGGCAGAUAGUCAGGGUGUGAUUCCUGGGAGAGUCAGUAGAGCAGACAUAGCCCCUGUCGUUUGGGGGCCUGGUACAGGAGUGGCCCCCAGGCCUCCUUGUUUCAUUUCAGCUCUGCUCUGGCCUCAGGCAACUCAGAUUCCCAGGAGGUGGAGUUCUGGGAGAAACUCCACACUGCCCAGAACCCUGUUUUGGCUUUCUUGGGCCGGAUCCACCUGCUGGGCAGUGCACAACUAUGCAAGGACCACCAGCCUUUCCUACUGUCAAAGGGCUCACAAGCCGGAGAACAGGACCCAGAAACCUCAGAGUAGCACAAAGCAGGCAAAGACAGCAGCAGGAGAAACUUGAGGUAGACUUCAGAGUGAACUUCCAGGCAAAUGGUGAGUUCUUGGGGCAUGUCAGCCAAGGGGGCUCUGGCUUAGGCUUAGCCAGAGUCUGAUUAAGAAAAGGAGGGUGGAACUGGGCUGAUGGGACUCAGGCUGCUGAGUGAGAAGGGAGGGCAAGGGGAGAGAAUGAAGGCUGAGCAGGAGCUUUAAGAGAAGAGGGCUUUUUGGAACUGAGGGGGAGCAGGGGCAGAAUGACAUCCCUCCUUUACCCAGUGCCUACCGCAUGCCAGGCACUGUUCUGAGCACUUAGCUCUUGUUACUUCAUUUAGCCCUCACACCAUCAGGCGUAUUCCCCAAUCUUACAGAAGAGGAGAGUACUGCAUAGGGAGGCUGAGUAACUUCUCCAUAGUCAUGUAGCAAGUAAGUGCUGGAAACGGUGUUAAACCCAAACGCCAAUACCCACAGACUUAGCCCUGAAGUUAUGCAACUGCUUACAGGAAGAUGCUUCCGGGAAGCAGGGGCCAGGUCCCUGAAACCUCGUAUUGCUCCCUGCCAAUUCCUCUCCAGUGAUAGUCCAUGCCAUUGGUGGGUGUGGACCAGGAAAAAGUGACAAAAAGGCAGUGACAAAUGCCAGGAAAGUGGCUGGAGGACAGCCUUCAUCCAGGACAAGUCCUUUAUUUCCCGUCCUCCUGCAGUCCCGGGAGCCAGUGGGACCUGGGAGGGUGGUCGACAUCAGAAUUCACAGAGGCCCCCUCUCCAGUCUUUCCUCAGUUGCCCUCAGGCACGUUGCUGCCCUGGGGCUCCAGAGAUCAAGCUAAGUCCCCCAGGCUGGGGCUCUGCAGGAGGGACUCAGAGACUCCUUCAAACCUGGCUUUGAGCCUGCAGGAGAAGGGUGUCUCCAGUCCCCACCCCAGUGUGGGAGAAAAGGGGAGGGCAACUCCAAUGAGGACUCCACUGCUGUGUCUUGUUUGCUGCUGGAUUCCCGGAACCUGGUCCAGAGCAAAUGCCCAGGAAAUAUGUACUGAGUUAGCAGGCAAGCCUGUCUCCAGCUAAAGCUCCCGGGCCCUGGCCUGGCCUGCAGGGCGGCCAGUGGUGACGUCAGCCACUGGGCUGACUCGAGUAUGUCUACAUCCCAUCUUCUAGCCAGAGUCCUCCCAGUCGGGGGCUCCCCCUGCCCUUGACAUGUGGGACACAGUGGGGGUGAGGAGAAAGGUCUGACUGCUGGGCGCAGACUCCCCCAUCCUGCCAGGGGCCUGCACAGCAUAACCUAGAGGGGAGUGAUUCCCAAGCUGGUCUGCCCUUCAAAUUAUUUGGGAUCUUUCAAAAAUGCCAAAGACCAGACCAACUAUGUCAUGUCUCUGGGGGUGGGACCCAGGCUUCUGUAUUUGUGAAACUCCCCAGGUCCCAAUGUGCAGAGAUGCUUGGGAACCACCUUCUCAAAGCCCUUUCAGAUCCACUUUCCCAUUUGAACCCCACAUUAAACCUGCUUGUUUCACAGGGCAGGGUUUUGUCAAAAAAUAGAUACGUGUGUGUGUAUGUAUGCACAUAUAUAUUUAUCAGAUUAUGAAAGCAAUGUGUACUCCCUGCAGAAAUUUUAGAAGUAAAUUUUAAAGAAGAAAAUGAAAAUUAUCCUACUCUUAUCACUUACGACAGUUACUAUCGACAUCUGUUUUGUUUCUUUUAUUUCCUUGCUUUCUUACAGCUGAGGAAACCGAGGUAGAGAAACAUUAAGUAACUCUCCCAGGGGCCAGGUGGAGAGGCUUAGGCCUGUAAUCCCAGCACCUUAGGAGGCCGAGGCAUGAGAAUCACUUGAGCCCAGGAGGCAGAGUUUUCAGUGAGUCAAGAUCUCGCUCCAGCCUGGGUGAUAGAGUGAGACUCUGUUUCUAAAUAAAUAAAUCAAUAACUCCCAGGGUACUGGAGCUAGCAAGUAGCAGAGGCAGGAUUUGAACCCAGGGCACUGAUGGAGUCCAUCCCCUGGGGUGGUCAUGAGGUCUGCAGGGGCUAAUGUGUGCCAAGGACAGGCAUGUAUCUGGGCCCACUACAUGUAGGGGUCUGUGAGAAAAGGAGGAAAGGAAGGCUCAGCAGGAACGGAGAAGGCGGCCUUUGGGGCUGACUGGUUUCUACUUUGUCCUUGUGUGACUGAAACAGGAGAAUGGAGCCCAAUGCCACAUUCGACACGCAGCUCACGGCCACACCUGAGUGACUGCUCCGACUCAUCUUUGCCGGGGUCUGUGGCCUUGUCCUUCUGGUGGGGCUGUAGGCUAAUGGGCUCAUGCUGCUGGUGGUGGGCCGGGGCCCGGGCGCCCCCCACCCGCUCCACACCCUGACCCGCAACCUCAUGAUGAACAUCACGCUAUCUGAUCUGCUCCUCGUGGCCUGCAUGGUGCCUGUGCUGCUGCUGAGCUUCCUGCAGCACGACUGGUGGCUGGGCCCUGCCAUCUGCACCAUUAGCCAGGCCAUCAACACAGCCACCAUGUUCUGCAUCUUCUAUAGCAUGGUGGCCGUGGCUCUCCUGCACCACGUGGCUGUGGCCCUGCCUGACCUGGACUUCCCAGCCGUCUGGGGCAGCUGCCUGCUGCUCUGUGGGGCCAUGUGGGCCCUGGGCCUUACAGCAUCCCUGCCCAACUGGCUGUUUCAGAGGGUGGCAGUGGAGGAGAAGACAGUGGGGGCUCCCGAGACCCAGGCCUGCCUCUUGCUCCUGAACCCUGCUGGGACCUCCUGCUACUUCAGCCUGCUGGGAGCCCUGGCCUUCCUGCCAUGCAUGCUGGGGCUGGGCUGCUCUUUCAGCCACGUGGACUGGCUCCUGUGGACACAGCCCCGAGGUCCCAUGGGAGAGAGCAUCCAGGAGCAUCAAGAGAACACAGCCAUGGGCCACCUGCCUGCCACACCGGCUGCUUUUGUGGCCUCCAGCCUCUGCACCAUCCUGGCCUACUCCAAUUGCGCUGUCAGCCCUAUCCUCUGCUUCUACCUCUCCCGCCCCUUCUGGGCAGGACUCAGGGACCUCUUCUGCAGGCCGAUGACGGCCAGGCAUCCCAGAGAUGUGGGAGUGGCAGCCACAGUGAUGGUCACUGUCCAGCCUGGCCAUGACAGGACCCCAGGAGGCCUGUGGGACCUGGCAGGGGUCUAAGAGUAUAGGCUGACGGAUGGGCUGAGACUCAAGGGAGAUGGGAAGACCCUUAGGGACCUGACAGCCCACCCCCUCUAUUUUACCAGUGGAGAGACUGAGACCCAGAGGGCAGAGGGCCCAACCAAGGUCACAAGGCAACUAAAUGGCUCAGUGAGAGCUCACAUCUCUAGGUAACCAGGUGGAUCCUCCCACUCCACCUUCAGGCUCAGAUACCUGUAGGCUCCACUGCUCCCUAAUUGUGUGAUCUUGAGCCUCUGUGUCUCAGUGUUCUCAUCUGGAAAAUGGGAUGACGAUAGUACAUACCUUCUUCACAGGGUUGUUAUGAAGAUGAAUUUGCUAAACACAUGUAAAGUGCUUAGAAAGAUGCUUAGUAAGUGCAUAUGUGUGCUGGUCAUUGCUACUAUUACUAUUUUAUUUGUAUUAAUUCAGGGGCAUUUGAGGUGAGUGGACAAGAGGAAGACAGAGGGGCUUCCAAAGGCAGAGAAGUGGGUGGAGAAUGAUCUGGGGGGUAACAGCCUAUGGUCCUUAAUCCUGAAGGCCAGGAGAUUAAGUAGGGGGAGCAGAGGACCAGCCACAGCCUGGGCGGUGAGCUCAGAGGCGGGACAGCCUUUCUUCUCUCUGCCCACUCCUCCAGCUCUGUUCCACACACCCCUCAGUCCAAUAGGGGGACAAAAAUCCAGUCAACCAUGCAGCCAUGAGUCUGGGAUGUGAAUGUCUGAAGCCCUCCUUUAUUCCCAGUGGCUUCUCUUCCUGAAGCACCUGGGGCAGGGAUCCCUUUCAGAGCCCUUUUCUUCUCUCCAGAGCCCAAUUUGAGGUCCCCAUCUUUCCCACCCUCGGUGCCCUCCCUCUGGCCUGCUCAGGGCAGGCCUCAGCCUUCUGUGUUGGCCUGGAAACCUGGGAGAUUGUCUCUACUGAAAUUUCCAAGACAGCACGUUCUGCUUGGUGACGGUGUUACCAGCGAAACACACACACACACACCACACACACACACACACACACACACACACUGACUCUGUGAUACAAAGCUUGAGAAACGUUGGGUUGAACCAGAUCAAACUGGUCCCUUUGCUGUAGGACUUAACAGAGGCUUGAAUACCCAAAAGGCCCCUGAGACUCUCGGGAGGGAAGCACAGCAGGCAGGUUCCCAAGCUCCACGCCAGGGAGCCAGUGUUCUGUGGACCACACCUUGGGAAAGAAUCCACGAGAUGCUACGGUGUCGGGCACAGCAAAGAUGCUCUUGGCAUCCUGUCCCGCCCCCAGUAGUGGCUCUGCACCUCAGUCCCUCUGCCAGGCAAGCACCCUCUCCUGACACUUUCCCAUGGCCCCUGUGGUGAGGUGACAUGAGCUGCUGGUUAUGGGAACUUCCCUCCUUCCAAGCUGUGACCCCACCCCGUUCCCACUCAAAGCGUAUCAGAAUCUAAGUCACAGGGGCAUGUAAUUAUAGGGACAACCGUGAAUCAGCACCCAUUUACUAUCAAAUCAUAAGAAGUAAACAAGUCCCAAACUUUGGUAUAAUUAGUUCCAAAUUUCUUGUGAUGCUCAGGGUGGGGAUGGCUGCCUGGAGGGCUAAUCUGGGAACAGACCUGCCCAGAGAAGGGAGAAAUCCCCUUUUGCUAUGAUCCCUGGUCCCUCAUGGCCACAGGGAUUUACAUGUGAAGAGGAACAAGAGGAAAACAGUGUUUCUUGGGCACCUAGAAUGCAGUGGGUCCUGGGUGCAUGUCACGUAUGUCACGUGCAACCUUAUGUACUCGUCACUCUGGCCACACGAUGACCCUACAAGGGCGGGGGUGGUGGUGAUGACCCCAUCGCACAGGGGAUGCCAGACUCCUCAUGGCACAGGGACUCUGGUGCCCACAGAUUACCCAGCCCCUGAUGGCUUGGCAUCAGUACACCAUGGUUGUAGGAUUUCCUCGCUCACUGCCCGAGAGCAGGGCACCCCUGAGGGCGCAAUUCUGUGUGUGCGUCUCCAGCGUGGUCUCCGAUGCCUGAGUGGGGCCUGGCACCCAUGUUUGGUAAAUACUUGU